GGCAUUAAAUUGCAGUUUACUCAAACAAUCCAAGAGGAAAGCAGAGUGAAAAAUGUCUCGUUUAAUCCACUUACGUUGUGUUUUGGCUCUUCUGAUUUGCCUAACAGGCACCAUCAGUGCUAGUCCCAUACCCGACGAUCAUGACCGCUUGCUGCAACUCUUGGCUAAUGCAAAUUCUGCAGAUGAUGCCGAGCUACUGCAGAGCACCACAGAUGCAAUUGCUCUGUACAAGAAGUAUGCUCAUUCCACACCCGAUGGACAGGACGACGAUUUGGAUCGGGAAGUAAGAAAAUUUGAGGCUGAGAACAUUACGGUGGACGGUGUGCCUAUUCAGGGCGGAUUUUGGUCAUCUAUAAGAAGUGCGGCAGAUAAAGUACCCCAAGAAGUCAAGGACCAGGCCAAGGAACUAGCUAAACAGUCAGCCAAAGCUCUGUUCAACAAACUGACAGAAUAUCUUAAAGCAAAAUUUGCAUCGAAAUAAAAUAUCUUCCAAAGCCAGAGACAAACUCUAA